GCCCGCCCCGACCUCGGGAGCCGCCGCCGCCGCCGCCGCCGCCGCCACCGGACCCCCGCCGGCCUCCGACCAUGCGCCGCGGUCCGCUUUAGCUACUCGAUGGAGCCGGGCAACUUCUACGAGGCGGACGCGCGCCCUCCGAUGCCCAGCGCCUUCCACUCGCACCCGCAGCAGCAGCAGCGCCCGCCGGUCCCCGCCGCCGCGCACCUGCCCGCCGCCGCGCUCGGCUUCGGCCCGCCGGCCGGUCCUUUCGGCUACCUGGCGGCGUCGGAGCUGCCGGAGAUCUGCGAGCACGAGAACUCCAUCGACCUGAGCGCCUACAUCGACCCGGGCGCCUUCAACGACGAGUUCCUGGCCGACCUCUUCCAGCACAGCAAGCAGCAGGAGCGCGCCGCCAAGGCCGGGCUGGAGGGCGGCGGGGCCGGCAUGCCGGGCGCCGGGUUCCCGCCGGGCGGGGCGGCGCUCUACUGCUACGCCGACAAGCUGGAGGGCAGCGCCUACGAGCGCCUGGGCCAAGGCCCCCCGCCGCUGCCCGGCCUGCGCCCGCUGCUCAUCAAGCAGGAGCCGCACGAAGAGGAGGAGGCGGCCGCGCUGGCCGCGCUCUAUCCGCCGCCGCCCGCCGGCCCGCCCUGCAGCCACCUCCAGUACCAGGCGGCGCACUGCGCCCAGACCACGGUGCACUUGCAGCCCGGCGGGCAGCCCACCCCGCCGCCCACGCCCGCGCCCAGCCCGCACGGCCCCCACCCGCCCCACCGCCUCCACGCCGCCGCCAACGCCGCCCCGUCGGCCAAAGCCAAGAAGGCGCUGGACAAGGGCAGCAGCGAGUACCGGGUGCGGCGGGAGCGCAACAACAUCGCGGUGCGCAAGAGCCGCGACAAAGCCAAGCAGCGCAACGCCGAGACGCAGCAGAAGGUGCUGGAGCUGAGCAACGACAACGAGCGGCUCCGCAAGCGCGUCGAGCAGCUCAGCCGCGAGCUGGAGACCCUCCGCGGCAUCUUCCGCCAGCUGCCCGAGAGCUCGCUGGUCAAGGCCAUGGGCAGCUGCUCCUGAGCGGACGGGACAGGCGUCGCCGGCCGGAGGAGCCCGCUUCCCGCGAACCCCGCGCGGGCCAAGCCGUCGGGAGCGGCCGCUGCUCUUCGGGGAGCCCGCCUGGUUGCCUUGCCGAACUCUGCCUCCUCCUCCUC